CUGUGACGGCCCUGUGACAAACUGUUUGGGCUUGCCUAGCUUUUAAUCGAUUCCAAUUAUCGAUACUUUUUCCAAGAUCUGCGAAUACUGGCUAGGCCUGUCGUGUUUGUUUUGAUAUGGUGAACAGUUGGUUCAACAAUCACUGUAUGCAGCGGUUGUGUUUUUUCUUGAAAGAUUUGCAAGAUUUAGCAGUGUGACUUCAUAGCCUAACUUACUCCUGAGAGUGUUUGAAGAGAAUCCCCAACAAUGGUGAAUCACAGAAGAGGGGGAGGCAACCUUGGUGUGAUGCUGUUAGCAGCACAGAUGAUGAACAUGGGCUUGGAACAUAUUCCUCCAGUUACGCUGGCCCUUGUGGUCGGCCAGGCUGCUAUCUUUUUGGAUCUUUUUCCCAGGCAGUUUCCAUCACCCCAUGCCAUUUGCAUGAGCUCAUAUUUAGUGUACGAGCAUCAUGACUGGCAGCGCAUGAUCCUGGCAGCGUUUUACCACGCCUCUGACAUGCACCUGUACUUCAACAUGGUGAGCCUGCUCUACAAAGGCAUCACACUGGAGCGCAGGUUCGGAAGUCCGUACUUUGCGUAUCUGGUGGCCGUUUUCACACCCCUCACCAGCAUCGUUUAUGUUGGUCUUGGUAUAGCUCUCAGCCAGCUGUUGGGUGACCAGAGCUACUUGACAAGUUGUGCUGUGGGAUUUUCAGGUGUUCUGUUUGCAUUGAAGGUGGUUACCACAGAGUAUUCACCUCCUGGCGUUCAAUAUGCCUUUGGUUUUAUUCCUGUGCCCUCCAAGUACAUGUUCUGGGCGGAGUUGGUUCUCAUUCAGCUGGUUACUCCAAAUGCGUCUUUUAUCGGUCACUUGGCUGGCAUCCUGGUUGGGCUGGCAUACACCAGAGGACCUCUGAAAAUACUCAUGGAUGCCUUUUUACGUCCAGGUGAGCCAGGAUCUUCUAGAGGAGGAAGUGCAAGCGGCUCCCGAGCCAGUUCACCUUUUUCCUCCUUCACCAAUUUAUUUGGCGGCCGACCUAGAUUUCAUCAGGGACGCAGACCACACAGUCCGUCAUAUUUUGGGGGGUCAGCAGCUCCGAGUGCUCCUUAUGAAGGAAGUGAUGGGUGGAGGAACGGAGCUCACAACACUCAGCCUUCUGCUCCUGGCUAUCAAGACUAUACAGGUGGCUUGGACGAAGAUGAACAGCUGAGGAGGGCAAUGGAGGAAAGCCGGAGGCAGAAUCUACCACACAGCUCUGGUUCCUCAUCGCAACAACGCUUGUAUCCAGAUUUACAGGAUCUCAGGACUAGAAGAGCACAUUACUACCAAUGAAAGAGGGCAGAAGUGAUAAUGUCGACAGAGAGGGAGAGAAAAAACUGUGUGCCAGAAAUCAUGUUGUGUGAGAAUCCACUUUGAGCGACAGUUUGGUCUUUGUGUUUUGAACCUGUGUCUACCUGUUUAUUGCUAUCAUUUGGGUGUGUAUUGAAGCUAAUGGCUCAAACUAUCAUAUGUUAAUAAUGCAGCUUGGGUGUACACUCUUUCUGCAUUUCUCAUUCAAUAAGUUUCUUCAUGUUGCCUUUCUGAGCUGUGUACGUAGCUAUAGGCUAUGAUUUUGACACUUGUUUGUUGAGCCGUAUGGUGUACCAGCGCAUAUCUCGUUUUCAAAGAUAUACAGUGGAGUCUGUUUAAACCGAAAUCUGCAGGACCUCUGGGUUUUCUUAGGUUUAGCUGGGUUUUAAGUUCAGAGGGGUUGCUCGAAGAAAAGAAAAACAAAAACUCAGGCAUUUUAUUUUCAGCUUGUUUAUCACUGCUUUUAGUUAAACUGUGUUUGGUUCAAGCAGAUUCCUCUGAAUCUCAAGUCAACAAGGAUUGUUUCUCUGCAUUUGAGAUAUACAGUAGUCUCCGCCUAAGAUCCCACUGCUUAUGGAUGAAGGAGUUACAUUCAGCUAAGAUCCCGCUUUUCAGGUCGUAAUUUGUUGUUUUUUUUCUUUAUUUAAGAAAAAUGAAUAAGAAACCUGGGUGCGCUCAGCUGACCAACCAAGUAGCGAAAAUUUUGCGAUCAUUGUACGGUCCGUCGCGUCACGGAUCAUUCACUCUCGUGAAUGCGAUCACACCUGUGUUGUAAAUGUUGAUAAGCGGUCACAAUGUUUACCCCAGACGGGAUUGCAUCAAGGUGUGAACUCGUCGAUGCCUUGCUUUCCCUUAUCACCUGAGCUGUCAGCCUGAUCUUACAUCACACACCAGGUGGGGAGGGCCUACAAGCAAGCACCAGACUGCAUUCUAUCAAACUGUGAACUCAUGGACGCUUAUGUUUUCCCGACCAUCACUCUCGCCUUUCAGUUUUGCGAUUUAACUUCCUGGACAGACUGGCACCCAUCCUCAUGGACUGUCCAAUCGCUUCUGCGUAAUGGGGUCUUUUGUUGGCAGUGAACCUGCCUUUCCUCUCUUUAAAGUUUGGUGGGUGUGGUCACAACUCAACGAUUUAUGAAGCAUCAUGACAUGGGCAGGGAACUCCGUUAGAGAUGGAAAACAAUACAUUUUGGUGGGGGGGCAUUGCUUGGAGCCAACUGGUUCCCACCUGACACAGUAUUUUUUAAAGCCCCCCCCCCACAA